CAACUCAGAAAUGCUGUCGCAAGGGCUGGAGAGAUCAAGAAUGCAGUAUGUCUUGGAUUGGGCUCGAUUCGUUACACAAGUCCUUGGACAUACAAUGAGCACUACGUCCAGCAGUGCGGCGUGUUCAUUGCUCUAUGUCAAAUGAUCGAAGAGAAGCAGAAGAUGGAACUAGGAUCGCUGCCAGUCAUCUUUCAAGACCCUGCUUUCCAGAUCGAGGACCGAUUCAUCCUCGAGCAAAGCGGUGGUCAAACCAUCGUCCAGAGCCCCGAAGCAAACAAUCACAUAAACAUGCACUCGUUUGUUUAUGCGCCUCACUUCCCGGCCAACUAUCUGUUCGACACAAUCCUCAGAGAAGGUCAUGAGCCAGAGCUCUUGUACACGAACACGUUCCACGGUAGCCUGGGCCCAAUAGGCUGGUUGAUCACCGAUAGCUACCUCAAAAAGGUGUACUGGACUCAAGACACAACCAUCAAUCAGCAGUCAGUCAACAUGUAUAACGCCGCCAGACGGUUUCUUGAAAAU